CUCAGUUAAAAUGGGGACCAGAGUUGCUUCGCCGGCUUAGAAUAGGCUCCACGGAGACGUCCUGCGUCCGGCCGCAGAGCGAGUCGGGAAACGAUUUUAAACAGAGGCGGCGGCUGACGCUAAAUUGCCGCUUCUCAGCGGCGGCUUUUCAGAGCUGGCCUUGGCCCCCGAAGGCUCAGGUGGAGAAAGCGAGUUGGCACACACUGUCUCUUGCCCCGCUGCCUCUGCGGGCAGCAGCCGACUCCUCAGGAGCGAGGAUCACGGAGCUGGGUGGCCGGGUCAGCGGAAAUGUUCUUCCGGCCUGAAGUCUCGGGCUCGGCUGGCGUCUGAGGGAGCCGGAGGUCUUGUUGCUGCUCCCGUCUGUGUCGGUCGUGCACCCACUUGUAGAACUAGAGGGACUUUAGAAAGAGGUUCCUCCAGACUUUAUUUUAGCUGUCGUUUUGGCGGCUUUUUUACUUCAGAGGAUUUCAGUCUCAACGUAGUUGGAUACAGACUUGAAGAAUGAUUCGUGAAGGGAAUGGUUGACAGCGUUAUUACGGCAUUUUUUGGACCAUGGAUUCUUAUGAUGCAGCAGAAUCGACUCCUAGACAGAGUGCGUCUUUAAGGCUUAAAGAUUACUUUAUAGGUGCCACCCCUCUGCAGAAGCGAUUAGAAUCAGUCAGGAAGCAGACUUCAUUUGUCCCAACUCCACCUCGAAGGAAAAUCCCCCAGUGUUCACAACAGCAGGAAGAUGUUGAUCCUCAAAGGGUUGCAUUCCUUCUGCAUAAACAAUGGACUUUAUAUAGUUUAACUCCCUUAUAUAAAUUCUCCUAUACUAAUUUCAAAGAGUAUUCUAAACUUCUGAAUGCAUUUAUUGCUGCUGAAAAGCAAAAAGGACUUGCUGUGGAAGUGGGAGAUGACUUCAACAUCAAAGUGAUUUUCUCUACUCUCUUAGGAAUGAAAGGAACACAGAAAGACCCUGAAGCAUUUCUUGUCCAGAUUCUAUCAAAAUCACAAUUGCCAUCUGAGCACAGAGAAGGUAAAGUGUUGUGGACUGGUUGGUUCUGCUGUAUAUUUGGAGACAGUCUUCUUGAGACUGUUUCAGAAGAUUUCACCUGUCUACCCUUAUUCCUUGCAAAUGGAGCAGAGACUAAUACAGCAAUAGUUGGAACCUGGUUUCAGAAAACUUUUGACUGUUAUUUCCGUCCCUUAGCAAUCAACGCAUUUAACCUUUCCUGGAUGGCUGCUAUGUGGACUGCAUGCAAAAUGGACCGUUAUAUGGCUACUACUGAAUUUCUUUGGUCUGUACCCUGUAGCCCUCAAAGUCUGGACAUUUCUUAUGCCAUACAUCCAGAAGAUGCAAAAGCUUUGUGGGACAGUGUCCACAAAACACCUGGGGAAGUUACCCAGGAGGAAGUUGACUUAUUCAUGGACUGCCUUUAUUCACACUUCCAUAGGCAUUUCAAAAUUCACUUAUCAGCCACAAGAUUGGUUCGUGUUUCAACGUCUGUAGCUUCAGCACAUACUGAUGGAAAAAUAAAGAUUUUGUGUCAUAAAUACCUUAUUGGAGUAUUGGCAUAUUUGACAGAACUGGCAAUUUUUCAAAUUGAGUGAGGACUUGUGGGGACCAUAAGUUAUGGAUUGUAUACCUUUUCCUCACUGAUUUUCUGCCUGGUUGCUUUGCUGAAAGGAACUGUGAGAGAAAUGGGCAUCUGUCUCUGCAUCUGUUUUCCUCACAGAGCCUUGGAGUUACCCAGAUGAAAACCAAGAAGAAGCUAGAAGAACUGAGAAUGUGGAAGUGAAUGAACCACGGCCAGGCACUCAUGUAACAGUCUUAGUCAUCUGGGUUACCAGUCUCUAGAACAUGCUGAGUUGUUAAUUUGUUGACCCUCUUUCUAAAAAGUAUAUAAUGUGGAGUUCCCUUGUGGCUCAACAUUUAAGAAACCAGCAUUGUUACUUCUCUGGCUCUGAUUAGAGCUGUGGCAUGGAUUCGAUCCCUGUCCUGGGAACCUCUACAUGCCAUGGGUACAGCUGGAAAAAAAAUGUAAUGUUUAUUAUUUCAAACUUUUAGCAUUCAAAUGAGAUAUGUCCGAUACUGAAUAUUCCUUCUUUGCAUCUUUAAAAACUUUAAUCCCUAAUUUUAAGCAUUUUAGAUUGCAUUAAGAGAGAAUUUCUGUCUUCUACAGACAUUUUCCUAGCAUCAUUUUGUGGUAGAAAACUGGCAGUCAAAAAUCCUCUUCAAAGGGAACUAAAAAUUACUAUAUAUUUUCAAGCCACUAAUAUGCUUUUUUUAAAAUAAUGUUCAAUUCUUACUGCAAUGUUUAAUUAAAUAUUCACUUUUAAAACAAAGCAAUUGUUUAUCAAUGUCUCGGUGAUAGGCCUUUAACGUCCCAAGAAUGGGACGUUAAAAGCUUUUCUCUAGCAUAAAGGUUAUACCACAAUUAUAUGGAGUCAUACAAAUCGUAGAGUUGAAAGGCAGAUGUGAACCUCUUUUGUGGGCAGAAGUUAUAUUAUUUAACUUUUGUGUCCUUAAUUUUGCUUUAGCACAGUGUGUGGUGAAUAUCUGUAGAGUAAGUGAAUUAAUGUUAACCAACUCUUAUUUUACAGAUGAAAACUAUUAAGAUCAAGCUAGAUUUGCACAAGAUGUCAUAUCUAAAACUCUUCUUUUUAUUAACUAUGAGUAGAGGAGGAUUUUGUUUUACUUUAAAAACAGUGUUUUUUUUAAAUCUUGUUUGAAAGAAAGUAACUAAUAUUCUAUCAUUCAAAAACAAAUAUUAACUUCUGGAGUGGCAUAUUAUUUCACAUAUACUAGGAACAGAGGUAGAAAAGAGGGGCUUUCGAGUCAGAUAUUCAUUCAUUAAACUAAUAUUAAGUUCUUAGUGUGCACUUAGAAUUGUAUUGGGUAAUAAGGGAUGUAACAGUGAAGACAAAAAAAAAAAGAUCCCUGUCUUGUGGAAAUUAUAUUAGAGAAGAGGAAGGCAAAAGAAAUAAUUUCAGAUGGAGAUAAAUACUAUAAAUAAGGAAGUGCAGUUUGACAAAGGGUGAGUGGGUUGGGGCCCACUUUAUAUACAAUUGACAAAGAAGGUCUCUGAGAAAGUGACAUUUGAGCUGAGUCCUGCAUGAUAAGAGAGGAUGAGCUGUAUGAAGAUCUGAGGAAGUGUGUGCUAUUCAGGUGAAACUUCAAGAGCAAAAGCCUUGAGAUGGUAAGAACUUGGGUUGUUUGAAGAAUAAAGGAAAUCUGUGUGGCUGGAUUAUGGUGAAUAAGGGUGGAGUAGUAUGAGAUGAAGCUAAAGAGGUUGUGCAGCAGAGACUUCUUCCAUGGUAUUAUGUCUCUUAAUUUGUGGCUGGACAUGUGGCUGCCCAGAACAAAGAUGACACUUUCUAGCCUUUCUUAUGGGUAUGUAUGACUAAGUCAUAUAGCAUAUAAAUAGAAGUGUCAUGCAGAGCUUCUAGGAAUCUUCCUUAAAAAACAGCAGGCAUGUACCCCUUGCCCUUUUCUUACUCUUCCAAUUUUGCUGCUUGGAACACAUAAUGACUGGUACUCUAGCUGCUUUAGGUCACUGGGCUGAGGGUCAGGUCCCAGUAAUGUCAGAGCAUGGCCUGGAGAGAGUUUGUACCCUAAGGACUUCUUGAAGCUGUACUCCAAUACCAGCCUUGGAUGGUCUCUUCCAAACUUAGAGAUAUAAACUUCUAUCUUGUUGAAGCUAUUUUUGCUUUUAUUCUCUUCAUCAUAUAGCCAAACCUAAUGCUAACUGAUACACAGAGGAAGGAUCCACAUCAUCUAAGUUUUUACAGGUACUUUGAAAAGAUUGGGUUUUAUUCUUUUGUUUUGUUUUGUUUUUUUUUUUUUUUUUUUUUUUUUUUUAGAGCCGCACAAGCGGCACGUGGAGGUUCCCAGGCUAGGGUUCUAAUCGGAGCUACAGCUGCUGGCCUUGCCACAGCCACAGCAACGCAGGAUCCGAGCCGAGUCUGUGACCUACACCACAGCUUAUGGCCACACCGGAUCCUUGACCCACUGAGCGAGGCCAGGGAUCGAACCCUCAACCUCAUGGUUCCUAGUCGGAUUCGUUAACCACUGUGCCAUGACGGGAACUCCUGGAUUUUAUUCUUAAUGCAGUGAAGAGCCAUUGAAAUUUUAAACAGAAGAGUAAUAUGAUCCAUUUUGUAUUUUAUAGGAUACAAUGGAGAAUGAGUUGUAGGUGGUCAAAAAUGGACAACAGUGAAAAGAUUAUUAGAAAUGAACAACCUCAUGGAGAAGUUAGUAAUGUCUUGAAAAAUUCUGUAUGAUUUAUCCUUUGACUAGCAAUCCCACUUCUGGGAUUCUGUCUCAAAACUCACUAGCAAAAAGUACAAAAUGAAGCAGGAAUAAGGUUAUUUAUUACAACAGUAUUUGUAAUAGCAAGACUAAAAAUUAUCAAAGUGCUCAUCAGAAAGGGAUUAAUUGAAUAAAUUAUGGUGUAACUGCACAGUGAAUUACUGCUAUUUAGUUUAAAAAGUUUGAGGAAGAUAGCUAAUAUUGCCAUGGAGUUAUUUCUAGGAUACAUUAUGUGAAAGAGCAAGGUAUGGACAGGGAUUAUAGUAUGCUAUUUUUUUAUAGAAGGAAUGGGGGAAAUGGGUAUGUGUGUGAAUUUCCUCAGGUUUUCAAAAAACAAUUGUAGGAUGGACCAAAAACUAAUAAAAGUGGUAACUAAUGGAGUAGGGGGAACCAACUGAUUAGAGGAGACAGGAAUGAAAGUUAGGAUUUAUCUGAAUGUUUCUUGAAACCACAUAAGUGUAUAAUGUAAUUAUGAAACAAAAUUAGAUCAAAAAGAAAAGAACAAAGCAAUACUUAAAAAUUGAAAACAGAUGAACCUGACUAUAUUAAGUUCAUGCUAUAAUCACACAAGGAAUUAUUUUUAGUAUCACUAAAUCCUUGUAUUUUGACUAUAUUGUAAGUGGGCCACAUCCUAGGAAAAGAAGAGCAGCAAAGCAAUCUUAAAUUGCAUUCAGUUAUUUAUUUAUUUAUGUUUUGCUCUUUUUUAGGGCCGCAUCUGUGAUAUUUGAAGGUUCUCAGGUGAGGGGUCCAGUCAAAGCUGUAGCUGCCAGCCUAUGCCACAGUCAAAACCACGUGGGAUCUGAGCUGCCUCGGUGACCUAUACCACAGCUCACAGCAAUGCCAGAUCCUUAACCCACUGAGCAAGGCAGGGAAUUAAACCCUCGUUCUCUUGUGGAUACUAGUUGGAUGCAUUAACCACUGGGCCACAAUGGGAACUACGAGUUAUCUUGUUAUUAAAAAAUGUUGGUAUUGUAAUUUUACCACUAUUUAUAUUAAGAUAAAAUAUAUGUAAUUAUAGCAAUGUCAGUAACCAAGAUUUUCAGUUUAGAAGAUACACACUUAUAAAAGCAAGAAAGCUAAGUAGAAACUCUGCAAUAUUAAGUUUGAAUUGGAAAUAUGAGAAUGAACUCAUUUUGAAAAGCAAAAUUUUUUAAUUUUGAUAAAGACAAAUUUAUCAGAUUUUUUUCUUUCUUUUGCUUUGGGUGUUGUUCUUGCUUAACCCAAAGUCCCAAAGAUUUACUCAUUUUUUUUUUAAACUUUAAAAAUUUUUUUGCCUGGCAUGCAGAAUUUCCCAGGCAAGGGAUCAAACCUGUACCACAGUAGUGACUGAAGCCACAGCAGUGACAAUUCUGGUUCUUUAACUCUAUUAGACCACUAAGGAACUCCCUAUUUCUUGUUAUCUUCUAAGGAUUUUGUAAUUUUAACUUAAAUUUAGGUUUGUGGGAGUUCCCAUCGUGGCACAGUGGGUUAAAAACCCGACUAGUAUCCAUGAGGAUGUGGGUUCAAUCCUUGGCCUUGCUCACUGGGUUAAGGAUCUGGUGUUGAUGCAAGCUGUGACAAAGGUCACAGAUGUGACUUGGAUCUGGUGUUGCCAUGGCAUAGGCUGGCAGCUGCAGCUCUGAUUUGACCCCUAGCCUGGAAAUUUGCAUAUGCUACAGGUGCAGCUCUAAAAAGAUAAAAAAUUUAGGUUUGUAAUCCAUUUUGAGUUAAUAUUUAUGUAUGGUGUGAGGUAAGCAUUCAAAUUCAUUUUGCACAUGGAUAUGCACUUGUUCCAGCACCAUUUAUUGAAAAGACUGUUGUUUUCCCAUGAAUUGUCUGUCGCCUUCCUUAGAAAUUAAUUAGCCGUAAAUGUUUGAGUUUAUUUCUGGACUCUCAAUUGUAUUUCAUUGAUCUGUAUGUCAGUCCUUAUGCCAGUACCAUACCGUCUUGAUUACUGUAGCUUUGUAGUGUGUUUGUAGGAGUGCGCGUCUCCAAUCUUUGUGCUUUUUUCAAGAUUGUUUUGGCUAUUCUUUGUGUUUUGCAUUUUCAUAAGAAGUUUAGGAUCAGUUUAGGUCAGCCUUUGUUAAAAAAAAAUUAGCAGGGAUUUCGAUAUGAUUGCCUUGAAUCUGUAGAUCAGUUUGGAGUGUAUUGCCAUCAUAGUGAUAUUAAACCUUCCUGUUUAUGAACAUGGGAUAUUUUUCUCUUUCUUUAAAUCUUUCAGAAUUUCCUUCAACAAUGUCUUAUUUUCACCGUCCAAGAAUUGCACUUUUUUUUUGUUGUUAAACUUAUUCCUAAGUUGUUUUUUAUGCUAUUGAGAAUGGAAUUGUUUUCUUUUUUUCUUCUUGAAUUAUUUUCUCAAUUUCAUUUUUGGAUUGUUUUUCUAGUGUGUAGAAAUAUAAUUGAUUUUGUGUAUUGCUUUUGUAUCCUUUGAUCUUUCUAUAAUCUUGCUGAACUUCUUUAUUCUUGUAGUCGCCCCACCCAAGUGGAUAUCUUAGCAUUUUCUAUAUAUAAGAUCUAUGUCAUUUGUGAAUAAAGACAGUUUUACUUCUUAAUUUUAA